CCUGCGAAAUCUGUCUCUGACCCACCGUAUGUCCUUUCUACUGCUCUAUGUCUCUCUGAGUUUCCAAAGCCUAUCCUCGAAACAAACCCAUUACGAGCCGAUUCGAUUCAGAAGUUGAUCUGUUUGAAACCGAAACCUACUAGAAUCGAAGUAUGGCGAAUCGUACAUCCGAUCUGGUGGGGCAAGUCCACCCGGCUCACGCGCUCGACCUCAACGCCUUGUUCAGCUACGCCUCCGCCAACGUCCCUGGCUUCCCUCUCUCUCCCAUUAAUUUCACCGUCUCUCAGUUUGGACACGGGCAAUCGAACCCUACCUAUCUCAUGGAUGUGAGUUCGGGGGAUUAUGCGAAACGGUAUGUUUUGAGAAAGAAGCCCCCUGGGAAGCUGCUCGAAUCUGCUCAUGCUGUGGAGAGAGAGUUUCAGGUUCUCCGGGCACUGGGUGAUCACACCCAAGUCCCGGUUCCGAAAGCUCUCUGCUUGUGUACCGACCCGAGUGUAAUUGGAACUGCGUUUUACAUCAUGGAGUAUUUGGAUGGACGCAUAUUCAUAGAUCCCAGGCUGCCGGGUGUAGCUCCGGAGAGGAGGAGGGCGAUAUAUAAAGAAACUGCAAAAACUUUAGCUUCUCUACAUUCUGCUAAUGUUGAUGCCAUCGGCCUUGGAAAAUAUGGGCGCCGGGAAAACUAUUGUAAGCGGCAGGUAGAGAGGUGGGCUAAACAAUAUAUAGCUUCUACGAGCGAUGGUAAACCUGAGAGAAAUCUGAAGAUGCUCCAGCUGGCUGAUUGGCUACGGCAAAAUAUUCCUCUUGAAGAUUCUUCAGGAACAAUUGCAGGCCUAGUUCAUGGAGACUUUCGCAUUGAUAAUCUUGUAUUUCAUCCCAAUGAGGAUCGAGUUAUUGGCAUUCUUGACUGGGAACUGUCUACUCUGGGGAACCAAAUGUGUGAUGUUGCAUACAGCUGUUUGCAUUAUAUUGUGGAUGCUGACCUUGGAAAGGCACAACUGAAUCAAGGAAUGGAACUGUCUGGAACUCCAGACGGGAUUCCUUCACGCAGAUUUUUGGCAGAAUACUGCUCUGCGGCUAGGAGACCAUGGCCUUUUGCUGAGUGGAAGUUCUAUAUUGCCUUUUCCUUGUUCCGUGGGGCAUCAAUCUAUGCAGGAGUAUACAAUAGAUGGAUAAUGGGUAAUGCUUCAGGAGGUAAGCGUGCCCAAGCUGCAGGAAAAAUAGCUAAUGGGUUUAUCGGCUCCGCAUGGACAUUCAUUCAACGAGAAUCUGUGCUUCCUGAGCAUCCUCCAUCUGCCCCAAUUCCACAAGACUAUUUGAAACUAUCUGGAAAUGAGAAUAAAGAUCAAGGAAUUUCAAAUGGAGGGGGCAGGUUUGUUCCUAGUAAAAAGGUGCUGGAAUUGAGAAAUAGAUUGAUCAAGUUCAUGGACGAUCACAUAUAUCCUAUGGAAAAUGAGUUUAACAAACUUGCCCAGUCUACCUCACGUUGGACAGUGCAUCCAGAAGAGGAGAAGUUAAAAGAGCUAGCAAAGAAGGAAGGCUUGUGGAACCUAUGGAUACCUUUUGAUAGUGCCGUUAGGGCAAGAAAGCUGAUUUUUUAUGGGAGCAACCAUGCGCGCCCAAAAGGUGCACAUGAUCACUUACUGGGUGUGGGCCUGUCAAACCUUGAAUAUGGAUAUCUUUGUGAAAUCAUGGGUCGUUCCAUUUGGGCUCCACAGGUGUUCAACUGUGGAGCACCUGACACUGGAAAUAUGGAGGUAUUGUUGCGUUAUGGAAAUAAAGAACAACUAAAUGAAUGGCUUAUUCCCUUGCUUGAGGGUAAGAUACGGUCUGGAUUUGCAAUGACGGAGCCACAAAUUGCAUCUUCUGAUGCUACCAAUAUUGAAUCUUCUAUUAAGAGAGAAGGAGAUAUGUACGUCAUUAAUGGGACAAAGUGGUGGACCAGUGGGGCCAUGGAUCCGAGGUGCAGAUUUCUCAUUGUCAUGGGAAAAACUGACUUCACCACAGCUAAGCAUAAGCAGCAAUCUAUGAUCUUAGUGGAUAUCCGGACUCCAGGUGUACGUGUAAAGAGACCCCUUCUAGUCUUUGGAUUUGAUGAUGCACCUCAUGGGCAUGCAGAAGUAUCAUUUGAGAAUGUACGUGUGCCAGCAAAGAAUAUUCUGUUGGGAGAAGGGCGUGGAUUUGAGAUUGCGCAGGGUAGGCUAGGCCCAGGAAGGCUGCACCACUGCAUGAGACUGAUUGGUGCUGCUGAGCGUGGCAUGCAGAUGAUGGCUCAAAGGGCUCUCAGUAGAAGAGUGUUUGGGAAGUUGAUAGCAGAGCAAGGUUCAUUCCUUUCGGAUAUUGCUAAGUGUCGGAUAGAGCUGGAGCAAGCCAGGCUGUUGGUUCUUGAAGCAGCUGACCAGCUUGACAGGCUUGGAAACAAAAAAGCCCGUGGGACAAUAGCAAUGGCCAAGGUAGCAGCUCCAAACAUGGCAUUGAAGGUGCUUGACAUGGCAAUGCAAGUGCAUGGUGCAGCUGGUGUAUCCUCUGACACUGUACUGGCACAUCUCUGGGCCACCGCAAGAACCUUGCGAAUCGCAGAUGGCCCCGAUGAAGUCCAUUUGGGUACUAUUGCCAAGUUAGAACUGCAGAGAGCUAAGCUUUGAAAGUUUUGAAAGUGAGUUUCUCUAAGCAGAAUCCCCUGUUUUUGAAUUUUACUGUUGAUUGAGAAUAAGAAAGGCGAGAAUAAUCUGUAGUUGCCCCCGCAACGACAGCCUGAGACAGGCCCAAAAAAAAAAAGUUGAUUACUUGAUGGUAGAAUAUUGUAUCCGUUUGUAAAAUAAUAUAAAGACUGAUUU